CAAGCUGUGGCCCCUUGAGAAACGGUAGCGACAUCACCUGCUGACACUGAGCUCUGCACGUGCGAGAGAGGUGGUAUUACACCGAGGUCAUAACCUCAGAUUGUAACAAUUUCCAGGCUCGGCCCCAAAGGCUGCAUUCCAAGGGACCAGCGAUUGAAAAGGCACAAUGAAAAAACGUGGGUGGUCUCACCUGCCCAAACUCUCAUGGUUUUACCCAGCAGUCCAAUUGGGGGCGAGACACGUGCAACGUUGAUGGCCGAAUCAAAAACAAACACCGCCAAACCGUGCUCUUUGGGUUUCAUGCGCUAGUGGCAAGCAGGAGUCGGCGAAUUGUAAUUGGCUGUAGCCAACUCGAAGAUUGAGACGGGCAAUUUCAUUUUCCUCAGGUUGACGGUUUCCUCAGGAAAGGGGCCGACCACAAAACAUGAAUAAAAAGGAUCGCUCAAAGCCAAUGGUCUAGUCUGUCAGUCCCAGCCAACUUACCCGGUGUCGAGACGUUCAAGAUGCGCUCCCAGAUCCUCCUUGCUCUCCUGCCAGCGCUCGGCGCAGAGGCCAUUCGCAUCAUCCAUGCCAACGAUGACGGCUGGGCAGAGCUCUAUACACGGUCCUUCCACGACGCUCUUGUUGCUGCCGGUCAUGACACGGUGCUAGCGGCACCGGCAGAAAACAAAUCUGGAACGGCAUCGUCCGACGCGGAACCCAGUCCCCGCACCACAGCUUGCCAAUACGACUCCUGCCCGGCAAACACCAACCAGCCCAUCGGCCGCAAUGAAUCUUCGCCCCGUCUCAACUGGGUGAACUCGUUUCCUGUCACCUCGAUGCGCUACGGCAUCGACACCAUCGCGCCUCCUUUCUGGAACGGCCAGGCCCCCGAGCUUGCUGUUUCAGGACCCAAUGUCGGCAGCAACGUCUAUGUCCAGGUGCAUUUCUCUGGCACCGUUGGAGCAGCCGUCUUUGCUGCCAAGGAGAGAAGAGUGCCUGCCAUUGCUUUUUCUGGUCUGUCGAGUGGCACGCUUUCCUGGAACACGACCCCCGUUCCGACUCGCAGUCUGGUGUACGCGCAGGUGGCCAGCAAGCUCGUCGAUGCCGUGGUCAGCAGUGGCAAGCCUUAUUUGCCCGAGAAUGUUUUCCUCAAUGUCAACUUGCCCAAGGUCGAAGGAAAGUGCACUGAUCCCCACAACUUCAAGUUUGUGCUCAGCCGGAUCAAUGUUGGCUUGUUCAGCGCCAAAGACGUGUAUCAUUGCGGGACGGAUCGGCUGCCUUUGGAGGCCAGUGUGGCUCUUUCUGAUGAUUGCUUGGUGUCGGUGAGCGUGGGGGAUGCCAAUGACAAGACAACCGCGCCGAAGGAAAAGCAAGAUAUUGUGCUGAACAAGCUGAGUGGGCUUUUCACUUGCUUGCCAUGAAUUUAAACCAGCCAGGAAGUGAAAGUCUAUAGUGUUUUUAUGCCUUUUUGUAUUACAUUACCUGAUAGAAAAGCCGAGCGAGAUGUAGCCUCCGCUUUAAAUCCAGGAAUUCAAAACUUACCAUCCAGGUC